AUGGCCGACGACCGGCGCGACGGCUCCGAGAAACCGCCCUCGGCGCGCGAGAGCCUGAACUCGAACUCGAACCCGAGCCCGACGCCAACACAAAACCAGCCACAGGACGCCCGUCCGCCGCCAAAGAAGCGCAGGCGCGUCGUGAUAUCUUGCACGGAAUGCCAUCGUCGGAAACAGAAAUGCGAUCGAGAUUUGCCAUGUGCCAACUGCAAGUCGCGUAAUAAACAAGAUGCCUGCAAAUACGAGACGGGCGCGCCUACGGCCAAGGAGCAUCGCAAGGCCGAGGCCGAAGGCGCAAAGCCGACUCCGACCCAGAGCCUCUCCAAUGCCGCCGCGAACUGGGGCUACUCCCACGCCGGUGCUUCCACGCUCGGGCUGAUGCGGAAGAUUGAAAGCGCAAACGACGAUGGAGCUCUGUCGCAUCUCGGCGGCUCGGCGCACGUCGAGGACCAGUUCGCCACCAAGGAGCGGUACAAGUCUCUGAUCAGACAGCUGCCCGCCAAGGGCUACAUCGAGAAGCUCAUCGAUGUGUACUUCCGCGAGUUCAACCACCAGUACUACGCCCUCGAGGAGGACCUCUUCAAGGAGCAGUUUGCCGAGUGGAACAACAUACCCUUUAACGUACUCUCCAACUCUGGGCCGCAGGGCCUCUCACCCGACCUGAGGGUGUUUCCCGCAUUGCUCUUCCAGGUUCUCGCGACGGCGUUACUGACCCUGCCAGAAGGAUCUCACGAAUUCUACGAGCAUCUCAAGUAUGCGGGCAACAUGACGUUUGAGGAUCUCGCGGCGGACUACAGCGAGUCCGGCGUCGGCAUUCUGUCACUGCUGGGCAAACGGCAAAUUACUCUCACGACGGUCCAGGCCGACUUUCUCCGGGCGGCAUUCCUCAAGUACAUGGCCAAAGUCACGGAGUCGUGGCAUGCCAUUGGCAACGCCAUCCGAGACGCCCAGGAGAUUGGCAUGCACCGGGACAGCCUUGACCCCUCCCCGAAUAGUGAUGAUACCGGGGACAUACUCGAAAACAUGUGGCUGAUCCAGCGACGAAGAAAGUUGUACAUGGUUCUCAUGACAUGGGACAUCCACUGUGCGCUCGUGCUAGGACGCCCUGGCAGCAUCGACUGGCGCAUUUGUCCACCAAGCCUACCGGUAGACACGCCUCCGCCAAAGGACCGCCGCAAGACUCCCGUUGCGCCCCGGGACGACGAGAGAGACCCCCCGACGCCGCUGACGAGGGUCAUCUGGGCGUUUAGGCUCGUGGCUCCGAUGCGUGAGAUUCUCGAGUUGGAACAGGAUGGUCCGUGUCCGAAAGACUAUUCCAAGGUCGAUCGAGUACACCAGAUGUGUUUGGACUUGGACGAGGCGACGCCUGCGUACUUCCGCUUGGAGAACCCGGAUAUGAAGUGGGAUAACGAUCCAUCGUGCUACUGGCUGCAGUCUGUACGGUUUUAUUUACCGCAAAUGAACCUUUUCAACUUGAUGGCGCUGCACCGGCCUUACAUCUUUAACCGACAGAAGAGCAGGACAGAAGCGCUCAAGGCCAGCAUCGAGAUGCUUCACCGUCAGAUGCUCACGUUCCAAGGCCUCGAUGCUGGGUCUUGGCGAAACUUCACGCUGUUCUUUGGCAGUUUUGAUGCCGUGGUGCUCAUGGCGUCGAUAUACAUCCUGUUUCCCAAAGAGAACUUGGAGAUGGCCGGCAGCGCCAUGCAGCACUUCCACUGGACGACGGAGAGAUUUGAGGCGAUGCAGGAGAGGAACCUCCUGGCGAAGGCAGCGAAAGGUGUCCUGCAGGCGAUUUUUGCCAAGUUCAAGAAAGCGGUAGGAAACCCAGCGCCACCGCCAAGCCUAUCGAGCGUGGCAUCCCAGACACCGGCAUCGACGUCGGACAGCGGCAGCAGUUUGUCUGCUCGCGGAUCAGUCUCGGCGGCCACUGCGGCGACGACCGACACGCCAGCGAGCAAAGGCAGCACAGCGGCGACGCCGACAUCGCUGCCGACGGUCCCCGACACAUCUUCAUCAUAUCCGCUGCCGUCGGCACACUCGGAAUGGACCAUGCCAAACAGCUGGGACUUCACGUCAAUUGCGCCGUUAUUUCCCAUGGGAGACCUAAUCUACAACGAUCUCAACGGAAUACCAGAGGACGGGUCUCUACCGGCAUGGGGGGCAACAACACCGCCCCUUCCCGCCGCCGGGACGACGACGUUUGAGGGGGAUUUUGGGAACGACAGCGUAUGGAAUUUGCUAAACCAGUACGACCCGACAUCCGUUUGA